AGAUGGUAUUUUUUUUACAAUAAAUGCCUUUUUCUUAACGAUUAUCAAACUAUUUAUUAACUUAUAUACAGGAUACUUCUAAAGAUGAAUAUAAUAAAGAAAACCGUGCUCUUCUUUUGACCAAGCAACCUGAUUUUCAUAUAUUAUCUAUGAAGGAUUUUAAAGUUGGGCAUGAAAUUGGCAAGGGUAAAUACGGACGUGUUCAUUUAGCAACGAAUAAAUCAAGCGGAUAUAUCGUUGCUCUAAAGAUAUUAUUAAAACAAGAGUUAAAGCAUGACAAACUUCUACGACAAUUGGAACGCGAAGUUGAAAUUCAAGGAAAUCUCAAUCAUCCUAAUAUCCUUAAAUUAUACGGAUAUUUUCAAGAUGAAAAACGAGUUGUAAUGAUUUUGGAAUGGGCUUCUCUCGGAACUUUAUAUGCUCAACUAAAAAGACAAAUGCGAUUUGUUGAAAAACAAGCGUCAAGGUAUAUCGCACAGAUAGCAAAGUCGUUAAAAUAUGUUCAUGAACGUCACAUAGUUCAUCGAGAUUUAAAGCCAGAAAAUUUACUAAUAGAUAAACAAGGGGUUCUCAAAUUAGCAGAUUUUGGUUGGGCUACUUAUGUACAAGACUUUACAAAUUCAUCACUUAAAACUAUUUGUGGAACAUUAGAUUAUCUAGCACCUGAGAUGGUUAAACGUCAGUCUUAUAAUGAGAAAGUGGACGUAUGGGCACUUGGGAUAAUAUGUUAUGAAUUGUUGGUCGGUGUACCUCCAUUUGAAUCAAUAGGAUUUCCACUAACAAUUCAAAGGAUAGUACUUGAUGAAGUGAUGAUUCCAGAUUAUGUAUCAAAAGAAGCGAGAGAUAUCAUUAUAAUGUUAUUACAAAAGGAUCCAAUUAACCGUCCGUCAAUGGAACAAGUUUUAAAUCAUCCGUGGAUUCGUAUGUAUAAUAAAAGUUCACCACAAAAUAGUACUCAAACCAAGCUAACAAAAACGAUAAUCACGAAUAUUAAUUAUAAUAAUUGUUGAGUCUAAAAAAAAAAAAAAAUACUUUUAAAUAUAAUAAAAUUAUAAAUCU